CAAACACGUUCCGCCUCAGCUCGCGACCUCGUCCUCCACCAUCCGCAGGACAAGAUGAGCCAGUACGUACAUGUGCCUAAGUCCGAGCUCGACGAGGCGCAGCUGCGCGCCCUCGAGGAACAUGAGAUCAGCCAAGGUCCCCUCUCCGUGCUCCAGCAGGCCGUACGGAAUCAUACGCAAGUCCUCAUCUCCCUGCGCAACAACAAAAAACUGCUUGCUCGUGUCAAGGCUUUUGACAGACACAGCAACAUGGUCCUUGAGAACGUCAAAGAGAUGUGGACCGAGACGCCGAAGGGUAAGAACAAGAAGCCCGUAAACAAGGACAGGUUCAUCAGCAAGAUGUUCCUCCGUGGUGACUCGGUCAUUCUCGUCCUGCGUAACACCGCGUAGCUGCCAUAACACCGGCUGUGCUCUAUGCUGCGUUCGCGCGCUGUCGUGCGAGCCAUCCCAAUAUUCCGCGGGCGCGAACCUUCUU